CUGGCGUUUAAAAAGAAAGAUAUAAAAAGGGGUCUAUUGUUCUUCUCACAAGUUACUUUAUUAACUCCCUUAACAAUGAAAUCUAUUCUCUUUAUUCUUGCUUUGCUCACAAUUAUCACUCAAGCCCUACCUGUCUUGGAGAAGCGUGCUACUUAUGCUGUUCAAGUCAAUUCUGGUACCUCCUUCUGUUCCUUCUUACCCCCUCAUCCUGGGGAUGAUGUUGGUGCCACUGAAAACGAUGGUAAACCUUUCUGUACUUCUACUGGCCUUGGAGGAUCUGUCUUCCCUUCAGGUUUUAUCAAGUCUGCCCACUUUGCCAAAACAUCUACCUACUCUCAAGUAACUGGUAGAAUUGAUCGCACUAAAUACCAACUCAAGUCUACGGAUGGUGGAGGACAAUAUGAUAACAAGGAUGUCUCUGCCACAUGUAAUGGCUACAAGUACUUUGUUAACUUGGUUGAACCUGAUGCUAAUAUCUUUUGCAUUCGUUGCUGCAAAAGUCAAGCUGAUUGUAAGUUGGGCUUGUCUACUUAUGGUUGCCAAAGAGUUGUUCCUGGUGACUACAGUUAAAGAAACAUUUUCUAUUUUGUAUAUUUUGUAACAUCUAUUUAUUAAAUAAACAUUCCUUGUAUUUUUAUCUUUA